AAGAGGGGUAGCGUGGUAGAGGAGGCAGACAGAGGUGCCCCGGGGUGUGGUUUCUUGGCGGGCUGACCUGCACCCAUAUAACUCGCACCGCCCACCCUCCGAAACCUGCCACCUCCUCAGUCACCUCUCCACCUCACUGCAAGUACAUCCACAAAGCACCGCUUCAACAUAAUAUUCCAUCUCUUACUAGUCGAGGGGACAUUCGCACGAUCGAACUGUCUUCAGAAUCGAUGUGUUCCCCCUACACACCGAGUACUGCUUUUACCAUGACAUCGCUGCCGAAGCUGCCUCCGGCGCAGACCAGCCAAGCAGCAGUUCAGUGCAAUCGCCGAGAGGUCUCGUAUCAUCCGGACAAUCAAGGUCGGUAUGCCAUCCAGGCGUAUGAAGUUCGACCUCAUUCACGCCGGUCACCGCCGACACGAACACCAUGCUGGCAUCGGCUGAAGUCAAAUGACUACUACCCAAUGCUACAUUCAGUUGAGCGAACCCGUCCUACCGAUUUCAGGACGUCACAGAAUCCCAUCGUUGUCGCCCAGUCAUGUGAUGGCCGCCAGUUAAACAAGAUAGGACCCAAAGGUAUAAGCGAAGACCUUCCGAUGCCAACAGAAUUACCUCCUCCAGCGCCGCGACCACAUCGUCUGUCAACACCGGAUCUAUCCGAUUUGAAGGAAGAACGGCCUUUCUGUUACUGCGAUGCCGAGGAGAGUUGUGACUCCAAGAGAACAUGCGCUCGUAGAAUUAGUCGACGAGCUCUGUCCUAACGGUGUGCAGUUAUCCAGGCGAAUGUGCAUCGACAGUCAUCCUCGCGAUGGAACGUUCUGUGAUAGCUCCGGUAUUCAUUUAGCGUUCCGAUCUCGUGGGCUUUGCGUGUUUGUGCAGUUCUCAAGG